UAGUUUCUCUGCCACCCAAGAGUUGGCCACACCGACAAGCAACUUUAGUUUAGUUAGUUUAUUUAGUUUUCCCGGAAUUAAACAAAAGGCCCACGUCGUUCUUCGUUUUGCUGAUAACGUAAACAAGUGGCAAUAACAUAGAAUAAAUUAAACACGGCAAAAAGUUAAGAAAAGGUUACAAAAAAAAAGGCCCCAAAAAAGUAAAUGCGAAUUUCGGAGUGAAACAAGUGCAAAGUCAACAACUUGUGGGAGUCCAAGCGCUAUUGAGUUUCGAGUCCUUGAGUUCUUGGAUCCCUUGCCCGUGUCCGCGUCCGCGUCCGUGCCCCGUGUGUUAGUGUUGCGCGUAAGUGAGUCCGGACUCCGGAGAAGCCACAACGUCGUCCACAAAACCAUCGACCUCAACUGCCGCCGCUGCCGCCGCCGCUGCUGCUGCUGCUGCAGGAUCGGGAUCAGGUGCAGGAGCAGUAUCCGGUUCGGGAGCGGGACCUGCUGCUGCCGGUCACCAAAGAAGCGGCGGACGCAGCGGCCAGCGACGUCGCAGUAGCAGCAGUAAUCCACACGCCGGCACAACGAAAGCGACCAGCGGCAGCGGUGGAGCUGGCAGUGCCGGCGGAGGAGGCGGUGGCGGCGGCGGUGGUGGCGGUGGGGUCAAGCAGAGCGUCAGCCGGAACAGCAAUAUACGGAGCAGCAGCUCGAACAGCACCAUGGCCUCGGCGAAUCACCGAGGUGGCGGCGGCGGGAGAGGUGGCGGUGGCGCCGUCGCCGGGGCCGGUGCCGAUGGCAAUGCGAUCGUUGGCCUCCAAAUCGGUUCCGCCUGGUUUCAGCGCAAGAUCAACCUGAGGCCGCAGCAUCGCGGUGUUCAUCUGGUCACCGAGGAGAUACUCCGCCAGAUGCCGGAGCUGGCGCACUUCUCAGUGGGAUUAUGUCACAUGCAAAUUCUUCACACCUCGGCGAGUUUAGCGUUAAACGAAAGCUGGGAUCCAGACGUCAGAGACGACAUGGAGAUGAUGUUGAAUAAAAUAGUUCCCGAAGGCUUGCCCUACAGGCACUCGUGCGAAGGUCCCGACGAUAUGCCCGCGCACGUAAAGGCCUGCUUUUUGGGCAGCUCCCUGACAAUCCCGAUCACCGACGGCAAGCUAUCGCUGGGCACGUGGCAAGGCGUGUGGCUUUGCGAGCACCGCGACCAGGCCGGCUCCAGGAAGCUGGUGAUCACACUGACGGGCUGUCCCCGCGAACAGGCCCGCAGUCCGCUGUCCCCCGUCUCGCCGAUCGCCAGCACGUCCAGUUAGGGGCGGCCUCGCUCCACCCGCGACAGCCGGUAAUCGCGGGGGAGCGACAAUAAUGCCAUCAUUUCGUCGAGGCGGCUGAUAUUGCAAAAGAACUUGGCUAGGGCGACGGCCCAGCAGCGGGCGGCGGCAGUGAUUGCGGCCGGACGGGGCCUGGAGGCGACAUAUUCAGCGGCAGUGCCACCGAAUAUACCAGGCGUUGAGACGAAGACCGGACGCCUGUUGCUGCGCCAGCAGCUGCAUCUCAAUCUCAAUUUGAAUGUGCAGGAAACGCUGCGCGAUGGCGUUGAUAUCGAUGAUGUGGACGAGGAUGUCGGCGAGGAUGAUGAUGAUGAUGAUGAGGAUGACAACAACCUAGAAACCGUCACAACAGUGCCUCAAACCAAUGAACAACUUAACGCUAAGGUCAUCGUAACCACAACAACAACAACAGCAUCUAGUUCAUCAUCAACAGCAGCAGCAGCUGGAGGAGCAGCUGGAGCAACCAGCGCAUUAGCCAAGUUCAAUCGCAUCAUAGACUCCACACUGGAGAGGCCAGCAUUAGGAGGAACAGGAGCAGCAGCUUUGCCGCAGCUGAGCAGUGCCACACUGCAGCAGCGCUUCAAUCUGGCCUAUCCGGAGCUGGUGAGUCAACAGGAUGCCAACAGCAGCCUCAAGGGGUUACCCAGAUUAGGAGGAGAUCGUGGCUCGGUGGCCGUUGCCAGCACACCAUUAACAUUGCAAGCACCCAGAAAACCAGCAACGGCCACAGAGGAGGAGGAGGAGGAGCAAAGGGAACCCCAGGAAGAAGACGAAGAAGACGAAGACGAUGAUCAUCCCCACCACGACGAGGAUAAUCAAAUGAAACGAAAUGAUGUGCAUUAUUUGUUGAAACAGUUGAAUAGUUUUAGUGAUAUUGAAGAAAUAGAAAUUGUUGAUAUGAAGCAAAGACCACAGCGGCGGCGGCGGCCGCAGCCGAUGGCGUCCAGUUCACUGGCCACAAUGGUGCUGCCAGCAGAAGCAGCUGCCACAAAGGCGGCGGCGGCGACCCACUCACCCACGUCGCAGUCGCAUCGGCUGGUGCAGAGAUCGGGCGACAGUUCGCUCGUCCUGCCCAACCAGUUUGAUGACUAUCUGUUCGAGUCCUGCCACUAUUUGGAGACAAACUACUUUGCCGCCACCUAUCGCACUGCCAUGGUCGAGAGCAGCUCCCACGAGUUUCGGCCCUCGACCAACAGCAGCUCGAACAGCUGCUUCGAGCUGCACGAGAUGGAGCCGCCCAGUGUUAUAUGCAAGGCGGGGGCGCCUCCGCCGCCUCGUUACCAGUUUGAGUAUCAGGCGGAGACGCGUCUAACCACCAGUGGGGUGCAGACAGAGCUCACUGUGGAGUCGCUGGCCAAGCUGAGCAAGAGCAGCAGCAGCAGCAGCAGCUCGCCGCGUGCCCCGCCCUUCUUCCGAUGCUGCUACACGCCCAUCGACCGGUGGCGGGAGCGAAGGCAGCAGCAGAAGCCGCCAAAGGAUGUCUGACCCUGGGCCGAAGCCACUCGAAGAUGUAGGAGGAGAUCCAACAUGUGCCUGGCCAACUUGAAACGGGGAUGCAAACCGCAGGAGCACAGAUUGAAUAUGUUUUACAACGAAAUGGAAACUUCCCCCCGAAAUCUCUAGAGAUUUUAAAGUUCCAAGCGAGGGUUUUGUGGGUUAAGGAUAGUAGAAAGGAUGUAUUAAGGAUUGGCUUACUUUGAGACACUUUUAUUAGGACUUUUGAAUUUCUAGAGAUUUUAGUAAGAUUUUUGAGGGAUCUAAGGGAGAUAUUGAGGAGACUUUGAAUCAAAUUUAAGGAGAAUUAAAAUCGACUUGAGGUUUUAGGAAGAUUCUGAAUCAAAUUUAAGCAGAAAGAUUAACCAAUUACUUUUAAAUCAAAAGUCUUAAUUUAUAUUUAAACCCGUUUGCAUCCCCGUGAUUUCUUUGGUCGCUGUUCUCAUUUGCGAUAUCAACAAGAGAUUCCAUUUCGAUCCACAGUCGAUACACAAAGAAUCACCAGAAAAAAAUCCUCUCUAAUCAUUCCAAGGAAAGUUCAUCAUUAUUGUACAAUUUUAUGAUAAAGUAACAAAAUAAACAUAAAGCAGCCACAACUUAUAUAUGAGUAAACAAUUUUGUAUAAACAAACAAACACACACCAAAAAGUUAAUUAAUUUUCAGAGUUUUUGUAAGAAAAUAAAUAAACACCUACGAGAAAGCAAUUGUUACAUCAAUUACAUCACACACACACACACCGUUUUUGUUGAAUUUUAAUUUAAGCUUUUAAGGAAUUGUUAUUUAAACGAAAAUGCAAAGCGAUUCAAGAGCAAUAUUAGUUUUUAAAAUCAGUUCUUCUUCGGGUCUGUCAAUUGUUUUGUUGAAAACAUAAAUCAAAUCAAAAAUAUAUAUAUCACUAACCUAAAGCUUUGGUUUAAUGAAAAAUAAAUAAAGAAAAGAAGAACAAACUGAAUUUAUUUCGCCACAAAAAAAAACCAAACAAAUGCCUUUACCAAAGGCAAUAUAAUCUAUAAGAUGGGUAACGGCGCAUGCAAUUUUUUCAGCUAGCGAGGAGCUUCAAGAGAAACCCUAAAAUUCAAUUGCAAAAUAAACCUUAUGGCGUUAUGCAUCUUAUUUGUUAUAUGGCCUUUGCCUUUACAUCGCCCACACGUCGUACACUAGAAGAAAAAGGUAGUUGCCCCAGAAGAAGAGAAAGAAAAUGAAUGGUAAACACACAUCCAAUGUUAGUCAAUAAAACGAAAAUGAGCAAAGUGAACUAAUUUAUUUAAAGCAAAAAACAAAAACACAAAUAUAUAAUAUAUCAACAUGUUGAUUAUGUUAAUCAUUAACGAACGACAUAACAUAACAAAUAAGUUGUUAACGUUAACGGAAAACAGAAAACAGAAGAAGAUGCUAAGAACGUUAGAGAAAUUAACCUAUAUUGUUGUAUGUUUUAUUCAAAGUGCACGAAAUUAAAUGAAGAUGAAAACCAAAACAUUAACGUAAUAGCUAAAAGGAAAAUUUUUGUAAACUUUUUGAUAUGUGAUGAUGAUGAUGAUGAUUUGGAUAUAUAAAUUAGAGCCACGAGAAAAGCGUUAUUAACCCUAGACAUAGAUAUUUAAACUAAUUACAAAGAAAAAAACAAAAGAGUAGAGCUAAAAAAUGCCGAGUAAAGCUAGCUAAAUUCUAAGAUGAAAGUGGAGCAGGAGAAGGAAGCAUCAUCAGUCGCCCAGUUGUUAUGCAAUAAUAGUAGCACCAAUCCGGGGUUCCUCUCGAUCCAAGGAACUGUUAUUAGCAAUAUCGAAUUAUUGAAUUCACACAUGGCAAUUCAAUUGUAUUUAACAAAUGGAUUAUUGAUAAAUCUGAAUAGAGGACAAAGCAUUGUGUAGGAACACCCAGAAUCCCCCAUAAGCGAGGCAUACUAAAGUGUAACUAAGCAAGUAAGUAGAAAAGGAUAUUCAAAUUGUAAAUAGGACUCUUCGUUUACAAUUGAUUCGUAUUUGAAUUCAUUCGUUUUGACUCAGAUUCUGAAAUUAUGCGUUAUCCAUGGAAGAUAUAGAAACGGAAAUACAUAGAGAACGGCGAUGAGGAAUCGUAAUCACACACACGAAAAAGCUUUAAUUAAUUUAAUUACAACAAAAGGAAAAUCAUAAGAAUGUACUACAAGUUAUUGUAAUAAUCAUUUUUGAUAUCAUUCCAUUGUAGAUACCUAUUUGAGCCAGCAAAAGUAAUUAAUUCAUUAAUUAUCUUACCGCUAAGAGUCGUCAAUGUCGCCUAAUGUGAGUUAUAUAUAUAUAUGUAUUUAUAAUAUAUAUAUUUCGCAUCGGAUUAUACAAUAAACAGAGCGUAAUUAGCUGUAAAAACCAAACAACUAAUUAAACAAACACAGAAAACAGAGGAAGCCUAGGAAAACAACCGGAAACCAAAACCAACACACACACUCAACACACACACACACUUGAACACUAAGCUUUUAUAAAACUAUUUAACGAAAAAAAAAAAUAUAUAUAUAUAUACUAUGGAAAAUAAUAAUCCUGCCAAGUAACAUUCGAAAUACCUGCUUUGAAGAAGACACACCCGCUUUUGCUAAGAAAACGAAAACAAAAACAAAGAAAACCAAACAUAAAGAUUUAAUAAAUGAAAGAAGUUCGAAAGAAGACACACUACCGCUAAAUACGAUUUUUAUACUUUCGAUAUAAUGAUUUUUUAUACUAAAACAAAAAAAGAAAAGCAAAAAGAAAGCAUAAAAACAGAAAACUCUUUGAAACGAGCCAGGUGUUGAGGACUUUUUCGGGGUAUCGCUUUGAUUUUUGAGUCGGGAAAAAAGCUAUAGUUAUAUUAUAUAUAUAAUAUUCAGACAUUAUAUAUAUGUAUGUGAGGAGGAGACCCUAAAACUGCAACUAUGGAACGAGAGCACAAAUUUUGUUGUAAACCAGAAAUCAAAUACUAAAAAAACCGUUUUUUAAGUCCAACUUUCAACACACACUUUACACACACAUGACACACAACAGCAACAUAAAAUCAAAUAUAUACUAAAUAUAUAAAAAUUGUAUGUAUAUAUUUAGCUAAAUAAACAAACAACCCGCACAAAUUGACAUCUAAAUAUGCUUUGUAAGCCCAAAAAUUAAUAAAACUAUAAAAAAGCAAAGAAAGCCAGCAAGCAACGAGAUUUCUAGCGAAAAAUGUCCACAAACUUAGAGCCUGCGACAAACCAAAACAAUUUGUAAAUAUUAUAUACUUUUUGAUUUGAUCACAAAAAACAAAUGAAACACAAACACUAGCAUCAUUUCGAGAACCUUAGUUUUAUCCACCAACUGUUGCGACACAUACUUUUUCUAUAUCUAUCCAGAGAUAUCGGAUAUGCAUACUUAAAACCAAAAUGAACAAUAAAAUUAGCAAAACUACAAAAAAACCAAAAAAAAGAAUAUAAAAAAGAAGGUAAUUAAAUAUUAGUGCAAUAAUAAAUAACAAAUUAUUCGGUAUAUAAUUAUAAAACGGAAAUACAUCUAAGAGUAAACGCUUUGUAAAAUACAUAUAAACAAUUUAUUAAAAAACAAAAACCAAGAAGAGGAAAAUGAAAUGAACACUAUUGAGUAAUAAAUAAAGCGUUAUGCAUUGGACAUUGA